CGCUGUGUGUUUGUGUGUGUAUCUCGCUCAUCAAUUCUCAACCAACACAACCCGACUUGAGCCAACCUGACCUUAUCGCGUAGUCCCUUUUUUCGCUGCGACGAUCACCCUUUAGUUUCCUCCUUCUUCAGCGAAACAACAUCCUCGUCAUUCCUUUUGGUUUUAUCCCCCCUAUCCUCGUCGCCUUCGACUUUUCGACUUUUUCCUACGAUUCCAGCGCAGCGAAACCCUCGUCCAUUUCCUUGGUUCCCUAUCUCCGGCUCCCUCCGUUGAACACCGCCCACCCCCCUCGUCAUCCUCUCCCCCUAAAACACAGCGCUAGUCGUCUCGUCCUCGGUGGCGAAAGGGGCUACUUCGAGUCCCUCAGUUUCAAGACACCCAACAACUACAACAACAUCUACACGCCCAUAGGCAGCAUUCGUCAAGAUGGCUGGACGUUAUGAGAGGGUAAAUGCCCAAGAUGACGACGACUUCAACAGCCCCAACUCGGCGCUAUCAAGACACCCACAACCCGUACCUAAUUCCCCUCCUCCCUCAUUCCACUCGAGAGCAUCAUCGCGCGACCGCGCCACCCGCGGAGUCGACACGACCCUCGCCGAUGCCUUCGAUACAGACGGCGACGAUAGUGAUGAAGACGCCGACGACCGACAAAGAUUAGUCCGCACCGACUCCACCCACGCUUCCGCCGACGCAUCACGCAACCAGUCUUCGGAUGCGAGACCCCCCGCCGACAGGCAGAUCACCCAGCUUCCUCCGACGACAGCCUCGGCCGCCGGUGCGCCUGCGACGCCCUUUCGCAUCUACGGCAGCGGUAUUCAGAAUGAGGGCGUCUUCUCCAACUUGACGGCGAAGCCCGAGCGCGGUGGUCAGACAAAGGAGGAGCAACCUCCGACGUACGAACAAGCCGCCGCUGAUGCGGCGCCACCCUACUGGGAGACGACGAUCCUGGCCCCCGGCCUCGGUGGACCCGACGAAGUCUACAUCGACGGAAUGCCGGUCGGUUCCCUCUUCAGCUUCCUCUGGAACGGCAUGAUCUCUAUGUCGUUCCAGAUUGUCGGGUUCAUCCUCACCUACCUUCUACACUCGACUCACGCCGCCAAGAACGGAUCACGCGCCGGCCUCGGUAUCACGUUGAUCCAGUACGGUUUCUACAUGAAGGGCACGACGGAAGGCGACCACCCGCCCAAGAUGAACGGGCAAGACGGAUACGCGGCGCCCCCAGACCCGAACUCGCACAACUUUGACCCCAACGCCGUGACGGGUGAGGGCGGCGGCGGCGUGACGGACAUUACCGGACAAGAGUGGAUUGCGUACAUUCUGAUGGUGGUUGGGUGGUUCAUUCUCAUUAGGUCUCUCAGCGACUACCUGAAGGCACGGCGCCACGAGCAACUGGUCCUGCAGAGCCCCGACCGCGGGCUGCCCGUGCCCAUCAUUGCCGAUGGCGAGUCGUCAGAGAGAGUGGUGUAGCAUUGGCGUUUGCGAGAGUCAGGUGGACAAAUGAACCACGAGGCUACGACAUGGUCAUCGUGCUGUUUCUUUGUGUUAUGUUUUUCUUCUUCAGGGUGUUUAAGGGAUAGGAACUGGGCGCAGGGUAAUCUACAUGAGGCAUAGGAAGCACAGCAUCUUCCAUCCUCGGCAUCAUCAUCAAUACUGAGUUUUCUUGAGUACACAAACACACACACAUACACACACA